AAUGGGUGGGGGGGAAGGACAAGCGCAGAGAGAUAAAGCUCUGAAAUCAGCAGGGCAGCGGAUAAAAACAGUUCAAACCACAGGCUACCCGUCGACUUGCUUUGCUUUCGUUCCACCACAGCUAUAAAGAGGGAGGUCGGCCCAGGAUGAACGGAGAGUCAGGUCCCGGGGUGGUGACGGCUCCCCCUCCCACCACAGCCCCGCACAAGGAGCGGUACUUUGACCGGGUGGAUGAGAGCAGUCCGGAGUACCAGAGGGAGAGAAACAUGGCGCCUGACCUGCGGCAGGACUUCAACAUGAUGGAGCAGAAGAAGAGAGUCUCCAUGAUCCUUCAGAGUCCGGCCUUUUGUGAAGAGCUGGAGACGAUGAUCCAGGACCAGCUCAAGAAGGGGAAGACCCCAACAAGCUUGCUGGCUCUGCAGCAGAUCGCAGACUUCAUGACCACCAGCAUGCCUUCCAUGUACCCCGCUGCCCCACAAGGAGGCAUGGCAGCGUUAAACAUGAGUUUGGGGAUGGUGACCCCGGUCAACGACCUUCGUGGCUCAGACUCUAUUUCUUGUGAAAAAGGCGAAAAGCUGCUGCGGUGCAAGCUGGCCGCCUUUUAUCGGCUCGCCGACCUGUUUGGUUGGUCCGAGCUCAUCUACAACCACCUCACCGUCCGAGUGAACUCUGAUCAGGAGCGCUUCCUCAUUGCCCCCUUUGGGCUCCUGUACAGUGAAGUCACUGCUUCCAGCCUGGUGAAGAUCAACCUCCAAGGAGAGAUAGUGGACCGGGGGAGCACCAACCUCGGGGUGAACCAGGCUGGCUUUACUCUUCACUCUGCCAUUUACGCGGCCCGGCCUGAUGUGAAGUGUAUUGUUCACAUACACACAGCAGCAGGCGCUGCGGUUUCGGCCAUGAAGUGUGGACUCCUGCCCAUCUCACCUGAAGCACUGUCCCUCGGUGAGGUGGCCUACCACGACUACCACGGCAUACUGGUGGAUGACGAAGAAACGACUCUCAUCCAGAAGAACAUUGGACCUAAGAGCAAGGUGCUCAUCCUGAGGAAUCAUGGUUUAGUGUCAGUUGGAGAAACGGUGGAAGAAGCUUUCCAUUACAUCCACAACCUGGUCACAGCCUGCGAGAUCCAGGUGCGAACACUGGCCAGCGCUGGAGGGCCAGACAAUCUGGUGAUGCUGGACCCUGCCAAGUAUAAGUUGCGCCCAAAUGUCCCUGAGCCGGCAAGCGAUGGGUCCUCAACGCAUCCCAAGUGGCUAAUUGGGGAGCAAGAGUUUGAGGCCCUCAUGAGAAUGCUCGAUAACUUGGGCUACAGGACGGGCUAUCCUUACCGCUGCCCAGCUCUGAGGGACAAAGGUAAAAAGUACAGUGACGGGGAGCUGGCCCACGGGGGCUACUCAUACGGUGAGGACAGUGACUCAGGUGCACGCUCCCCACUGAAACACAGCUUCCAGCGCGGCCAGCGCGACAAGACUCGCUGGCUCAAUGCCGGCGGCCGCCCAGAUGAGCCCUACGAGGAUGGGCCCGACGGCUGCAGCCCCAAGUCGAAGCCUAAGGUGUGGACGAACAUAACACAUGAUCACGUCAAACCCUUGCUGCAGUCUCUCUCGUCCGGUGUCUGCGUGCCAAGCUGUAUAACCAACUGCUUGUGGUCAAAGGAAGAUGGACUCCGCCAGGCUGCCGUAGCAAAUCAGUUCAUCCCUAUGAACACCAACCCAAAGGAAGUCCUGGAAAUGAGGAAUAAGAUCCGGGAGCAGAACCUGCAGGACAUAAAGACGGCUGGUCCCCAGAGUCAGGUUCUGUGUGCUAGCAGUGUGGGGGAGCGGACCUUCAACCAGGAUGCCCCUCUGUCUGACUGUACAGACACUAUUGAUGGCCUCCAUGAGUCCGGGGGGUCCUAUAAUCCUGCUAAAUCAUUUAGAAAGGGCGAGCUGGUGACUGCAUCCAAGGCCAUCAUCGAGAAGGAGUACCAACCCAAGGUGAUCAUCAGCAAACAGGGUCCAAACCCCUUCACCAAACUCACCGACCAGGAGCUGGAGGAGUACCGCCGGGAGGUGGAGCAGAAACAUAAAGGAGGUGAAGCGCGGCGCCAGCAGGAUUGUAGGGAGGGCUCAGCCUGUCCAGAGCCGCAGCUUUCAACCCAGUCCCCCAGCUUAGAAAAAGCUCGGCCUCCAGCCCCCACGCCGGCCUCCCAGCAGAGCUCCCCCUCUGAGGGUGUCUCUGGAGGGCCCCCUUUAGCAGACUCUGCAGGGACAGUAGCGGAUGAUGUUUUCUCCACCGCUGACGAAGCUCCGCCGGCUCCAGAGUCCCCGCAUAAGGAGUUCUACAGUGCGGUGGUGCGGGCCCUCAGCAUGGACUCGUCGGUGGUAAAAGCGGGGGAGGCAGAUCCAGAACAAGUAGAAUGCGAGGAGGAGAAGGGCUCGAAGCCCACAUCCACCCCGCCCAGCACCCCCAUCAGAGCGGAGGAAGAAUCCCUGCCAGAACAAACCUUUAAGGAUGAGGAGAGUGAUGCAGCCACCCUGAGACAGACCCUGCCAGACCUCACGCCAGACGACCCCUCCGACGCCCCAGCGCUUCCCGCCGAAGACCCUGCCGCCGCACCUGCCGCGACCGCCGCAGACGCAGCCGAGGGGGAGGGGCCCGCUGAGGCCGAGGACCAGGAGGGGGAGGAGUCUCCCAGCAAAUCCCCCUCCAAAAAGAAGAAAAAGUUCCGCACUCCCUCCUUCUUAAAGAAAAACAAGAAAAAGACAGAACCCUAGAUCGGAAUAAGCUGAAUCAGACCCAGAAAGCUCACAUUUUUUUUCUCCUCUUUUAUAAUCGCACCCUUUAACCUCCAGUCAUGCUUUGUGUUGUUUUGAUAUCAUUUGCUGCCAGCUUAUUAACUGUUUUCCUUGUUAGUUUGUGCCAAUUUUGAAUUUUGAAUACAAUGUGAAAAUGAGUGCAUAAAGGUUUUUAAUGCAUAGAUGCUUUUAAUUGUUAAGGAUGCAGGUUAUUUUCUCUUUUUUUUUUUGUCCACUCCUCCUGGCCUUUGAUGCAUGUUCCAUGCUGGCUCGCACUCUUUUCUUUAGGAAUUUAAUCAUUGUAACCACUAGAAUGUAUUGGGAUUGUAUCAAAUAUGUAAAGUGUCUUCUUAAAAAAUGAAAAAGAAAUUUAAAAAAAAGCAAAUGUUAUAGUAAAUUCUGAUAACUAUGAAGUGCUACUCGUAUCUGCAGAAGUGGGUGCUUGUCUACAUGCAUGUGAGCUGAGCAGGACGGCCACAUUUGGGCUUUUAUUUUGAAAAGGCUCACUAUACAUUGACCUAUUAAAAUCCACUUCCUUGUCCAUAUAACAAUUAAGGAAUCCUUUGGUCUUUGUGGGAUGUCUGGUCAAUUAUCACAGUUUUUCUUUCCCUUUUAAAUUCAUAAAAAUAUAAUUUGUAUUUGUGCAGUUUCUGUCGGAUUCUUAUGAUAAUUGGACAACAGCGCACCAGUUGAGGUUUAUGCUGUUGGUCCUAAUUAUAAAAGGAAUGUUGACUGUUUUUUUGUAUUUUAUUUUCUUUUUUUCAUGUGGAAAAUCAUAAAACAAUAGCAACACUACUUAUUGUAUGAUGGACUUUUCACCUGUUUUUUAAUUAACAUCUCAGAGUGAGGAAUCACUGUCACCUCCCCUCUCCUUUAAUUUCUUACUUGGUUUAAGAAACACUAUUUGUAAGAACAGCAUUGCAAUCAAACGUGGCUCCCUUUUUAACUUCAGUCAUCUUUUUUUUUUAACUCCAUGGGAUUCAGAGCAGUUCAUCUUAGGUUUGCAGGGCAUUAAUACCAGACCAUCUGCUGUGCUGUACUUCAGUUAGGAUAAGCCUUCUUUUCUAAAUGGUAGUCUUUCUAAAGGCUGUGAUGAACAAAAUUAAUUUGGAAGUGUUAAAAAAGAAGCAUUGCAUGAAAGUAAAGAAUUCCUAAAUGACUGCAGUAAACAGCUUAGUGUCUUAAUUAAAUGGCAACACCAAGUCGUUUUUUUAUUAUUUUAUUUUCUGCUGACUACUUCUUUAUUUUUUCUUUAUUUUAUUCUUUAUUUUACUUUUUAUGUUUUUGUUUUGAAGUUCAAAUGUUACAGAAUUCAUCUAUGUUCACUUCAAAUGUCUCAGUAUUCCUUUUCCGGACUUAAUACUCGAUAUAUUUUUUUGUUUGGUUUUGUCAUUGUUCUGCCAUAAUUACAACCAUGAAUAAACACAACCUUGAAAAGUA